AUGGGAAAACGUUUGCGCUGUCGCUCCUUUCGGCUGGCUCUCAUUGGCAUUGCAUGCCUGUGGCAAGUCCGGGAUUUCUCGUUGCUUGAUGGACAACGAGAACCCCGGAGGCCCGCAUCCACUGGAUACGGAGCAGCCAAGGAGAUUACGUCCAGCCAGGAUUCUUCGAUUGCAUCGGAACGUGGCGUAGAGCUGGGAAACGAUUUCCACAAGGAACUCGGAGAUGCGUGGCCUUCAAACGUGUCGAUACUGCAGAUCCUUGAAGAAGCUCCGCUUUAUUCAACGGCGAGAUCAGAAGCAGCAGCUCUCUUUGAGCAGCUGAGCCAAGGCAACACCACCGUGCGCUAUGCUGUUGUUCUGAAGUUUAUGCAGACGCUCUGGGAAGGUCCGUUGAAGCUUCCUUUACAGCUGCAGAUGGAGCUACAAAACAACAUCGCCGCCUUCAUAAUCCAGUCAGACUGUGACAAGGAUGGCAUGCUCUCGGUCGAUGAAUUCAUAGAGUUCGCGGCCACGCUGAUAAAAGUCUCCAAGCAAGACUUGCAGGUGCCGCGAGUGGAGGCGGCUCUACGUCGAGUGGUAAGCAGCGGAACUUGGUUCCGAAACCUCACGUUCUUUGACCCGGUUGGCAAAGCAGGGGGGGCAGUCCAACGAUGGAUGCAGAGACCAACCUGGCAGCUCACGUUGCCUUUGCUUCUGCAUGCUCUCAGCACGAUUGGCCAGGCUUUGUCUGAGCUAUCAGACAGCAUCGACAUGCUAAGCCGCGACAUCAGGUUCAACUCCGGGCUUUUGGCCAAAGUCUGCCGGGGACAGGAGCUGGACGAUUGGGAGAGCUGCCUGCUUCGCCGAUUUUUUGGCGAUGUUGUUGCUUUGGUUCCCUCUACGGCAAUUUGUGCCUUGCCGUUGGCCUUGCCGGUUCAUGCUCCGGAGACGCACGGCGACAUCCAGAUUUCAAGGACUUUACGUCAUGUGGGAGUUGGAGGGGCGUUGCAUGAUUAUGGCAUGCGGAAAAGUGUGAGCCAGGACUGGAGCUUGUAUGGCGAGGCGCCGUCCGAGGACCGACCGGCAGAAGCAGAAGCUGUUUCAGUAGGCAAAGUCGAGUCUCACUCGGAGGAGCUGGAUGCUGCCGUCCUGGGGGUCUUUGAAGCCACGCCGGGUUCUGCAACCGCCCAGUCUGGCAUUCGGAAGCUCUUCGAGGCAAGGGCGGCGGCGUGGCAAGAUGCAGCAAGGGACUUGGAUGCAUCUGCAAGUGGCAACGUUUCGCACAGCAGUGUGCUCAGCAUCGUGCAGGCAAUUUGGAGUGGGCAGUUGAACCUCGCCAAGAGAAACACAGAAGACUUUCGUAUGGAUGCGUCUACGCUGAUGGUUGCGAUAGACCGACGUCGCCAAGGUUGCCUUACGUUGGGUGAGUUUACCGAAUACAUUGCAACACUGGUGGAGGUGGCCAAUAACUACAAAUCUACCCGCACGGUUGCUGAUGGGAAGGUGGAGCCACGAUUUGCGAGGGAUGUUGCGGACAGCAUUGUCACAUUGCUCCGCGAUCUGCGGUACGGCUUCCAUUUGCUGAAGAAGCGCGCAUUUGGACAUGAGCUCUCUAACAUGGAGCGUGCCAUGUUGAAGCGUACCUUCACAGAUUUGUCAGCCUGCCUGCCGUACUGUGCCAUAGCUAUGACGCGCUGCACGUACGGACAGAAGAUUCUCAUGUGGAUGCUGCUGUAUUCAAACGCCCCAUCUCUCUUCCCAACGUCUUUCCGGAAGCCCCGGCGGAGGUUCGCUCGCGCUUGGGCGGCGAUAGCUGAAAAGCAACGGCGGCGGGCAUUCAAGGGUUGGCAGAAGCUAGAACAGCAGAGGCAGAAGAGAGCACAGGGCACUACGCCAGUGCUCAAGACAUCUGCCAGCAUUCUGCUGCAACAAAUCGCGGGUGAGCAUGACGCUUCCGAUCUGAAUCCUGAGGACGCAUUGUUCGAGGAGUUUGAUGAAGGCAGCGGCACAUUGACUUACGGAGAAGUGUUUUCCAUCCUUUGGCCAAUUUGGGAGAAGGUUGCUUGCAGAAGCCAGGAGCCUUUCUUGGACGCGUUUGGGCUGGUACUUCAGAUAGCUUCUGACAGGGACGGUGCCGUGACGAAGUCUGAGUUCAAAGAGUUCGUAUUGGCGCUGGCUACUUAUAUCCAACAAGAUCGCUUCGAAGCGGAUCUGGUGAAACCGGAGUUCGCGUUUGGGCCAAUUUGUCGCUAUGCCGCGGCAGUGGCAAGGAGGGAAGUUCGUGAAGUCAUGGACAGCGUCUCAAUGAUCGCCCAGGACGUGGCCUAUGCAUCUUCAUUGCUUCAAAGCCUCCAGCACAAGGAAUGUGAGCAGGGCAAGCGAUUGGGCUUUGCCGACGUGGAGUUUGAUUUGCUGCGGCGUGCUGCAAAAGACAUCCUGCUGUUCAUUCCGAUCGGCUGCAUCAUUGUGGGAACAGCCAUUGUCAUCGCCAUCUUCAAGCGACUGGCACCAGCUUGGGUGCCUUCCUCCUUCCGUCGCUCGCGUUUGGCUUUGGUGAAAGCCCUUCGUCUUUCGAGGAAGCCAGCGACAAAAGAU